GCUGCCGUUGGGGGCCGCGGGCCGGUUCCUGAGGUGGCCCAGCGCCCUCCCGCCGCCGGCGCCGCCCGGCCGUCGCCCCCGCCGCCCCCCGCCCUCCGCCUCCGCCUCCCCCCCCCCGCCCUCCGCCUCCCUUCCCCCUCCCCGCCCAGCAGCGGUCGCUCGAGCCCCGGCUCUCGGUGAUAAGAUGGCGGCGCUGAGCGGCGACGGCGGCGCGGAGCAGGGCCAGGCUCUGUUCAACGGGGACAUGGAGCCCGAGGCCGGCGCCGGCGCCGCGGCCUCUUCGGCUGCGGACCCCGCCAUCCCCGAGGAGGUGUGGAAUAUCAAACAAAUGAUUAAGUUGACACAGGAACAUAUAGAGGCGUUAUUGGAUAAAUUUGGUGGGGAGCAUAAUCCACCAUCAAUAUAUCUGGAGGCCUAUGAAGAAUACACCAGCAAGCUAGAUGCCCUCCAACAAAGAGAACAACAAUUAUUGGAAUCCCUGGGGAAUGGAACUGAUUUUUCUGUUUCUAGCUCUGCAUCAACGGACACCGUUACAUCUUCUUCCUCUUCUAGCCUUUCAGUGCUACCUUCAUCUCUUUCAGUUUUUCAAAAUCCCACAGAUGUGUCACGGAGCAACCCUAAGUCACCACAAAAACCUAUUGUUAGAGUCUUCCUGCCCAACAAACAGAGGACAGUGGUACCUGCAAGGUGUGGAGUUACAGUCCGGGACAGUCUAAAGAAAGCAUUGAUGAUGAGAGGUCUAAUCCCAGAGUGCUGUGCUGUUUACAGAAUUCAGGAUGGAGAGAAGAAACCAAUUGGAUGGGACACUGAUAUUUCCUGGCUUACUGGAGAGGAAUUGCAUGUUGAAGUAUUGGAAAAUGUUCCACUUACAACACACAACUUUGUACGGAAAACUUUUUUCACUUUAGCAUUUUGUGACUUUUGUCGAAAGCUGCUUUUCCAGGGUUUCCGCUGUCAAACAUGUGGUUAUAAAUUUCACCAGCGUUGUAGUACAGAGGUUCCACUGAUGUGUGUUAAUUAUGACCAACUUGAUUUGCUGUUUGUCUCCAAGUUUUUUGAACACCACCCAAUACCACAGGAGGAGGCCUCCUUUGCAGAGACUACCCUUACAUCUGGAUCAUCCCCUUCCACACACUCCUCCGAUUCCUUUGGGCCCCAAAUGCUCACCAGUCCGUCUCCUUCAAAAUCCAUUCCAAUUCCACAGCCUUUCCGACCAGCAGAUGAAGACCAUCGAAAUCAGUUUGGACAACGAGAUCGGUCCUCAUCGGCUCCAAAUGUGCAUAUAAACACAAUAGAACCUGUCAAUAUUGAUGAAAAAUUCCCAGAAGUGGAAUUACAGGAUCAAAGGGACUUGAUUAGAGACCAAGGGUUUCGUAGUGACGGAGGGUCAACUACAGGUUUAUCCGCCACCCCCCCUGCCUCAUUACCUGGCUCACUCACUAAUGUGAAAGCAUUACAGAAAUCUCCAGGACCUCAGCGGGAAAGAAAAUCAUCUUCAUCCUCAGAAGACAGGAAUCGAAUGAAAACACUUGGUAGACGGGAUUCAAGUGACGAUUGGGAGAUUCCUGAUGGGCAGAUCACAGUGGGACAAAGAAUUGGUUCCGGGUCAUUUGGGACAGUCUACAAGGGGAAGUGGCAUGGUGAUGUGGCAGUGAAAAUGUUGAAUGUGACAGCACCGACACCUCAGCAGUUACAAGCCUUCAAAAAUGAAGUAGGAGUACUCAGGAAAACUCGACAUGUGAAUAUUCUACUCUUCAUGGGCUAUUCAACAAAGCCACAACUGGCUAUUGUUACCCAGUGGUGUGAGGGCUCCAGCUUAUAUCACCAUCUCCACAUCAUUGAGACCAAAUUUGAGAUGAUCAAACUUAUAGAUAUUGCACGGCAGACUGCACAGGGCAUGGAUUACUUACACGCCAAGUCAAUCAUCCACAGAGACCUCAAGAGUAAUAAUAUUUUUCUUCAUGAAGACCUCACAGUAAAAAUAGGUGACUUUGGUCUAGCCACAGUGAAAUCUCGAUGGAGUGGGUCCCAUCAGUUUGAACAGUUGUCUGGAUCCAUUCUGUGGAUGGCACCAGAAGUAAUCAGAAUGCAAGACAAAAACCCUUAUAGCUUUCAGUCAGAUGUAUAUGCAUUUGGGAUUGUUCUGUAUGAAUUGAUGACUGGACAAUUACCUUAUUCAAACAUCAACAACAGGGACCAGAUAAUUUUUAUGGUGGGACGAGGAUAUCUAUCUCCAGAUCUCAGUAAGGUACGAAGUAACUGUCCAAAAGCCAUGAAGAGAUUAAUGGCAGAGUGCCUAAAAAAGAAAAGAGAUGAGAGACCACUCUUUCCCCAAAUUCUUGCCUCUAUUGAGCUGUUGGCCCGCUCAUUGCCAAAAAUUCACCGCAGUGCAUCAGAACCCUCCUUGAAUCGGGCUGGCUUCCAAACAGAGGAUUUUAGUCUAUAUGCUUGUGCUUCUCCAAAAACACCCAUCCAGGCAGGGGGAUAUGGAGAAUUUGCAGCCUUCAAGUAGCCACACCAUCAUGGCAGCAUCUACUCUUAUUUCUUAAGUCUUGUGUUCGUACAAUUUGUUAACAUCAAACACAGUUCUGUUCCUCAGAUCCUUUUUUAAAGAAAUGAAAUUUUCAAUUCAUAAGCUGAUGUGGAACAGAAUGGAAAUUCCCAUCCAAGAAAAGAGGGAAGAAUGUUUUAGGAACCAGAAUUCUCUGCUGCCAGUGUUUCUUCUUCAACACAAACACCACGUGCAUACAAGUCUGCCCAGUCCCAGGAAGAGGAGAGACCCUGAGUUCUGGCCUUUUGAUGGUCAGGCAUGAUGGAAAGACACUGCUGCUACAGCUUGGGAGAUUGGCUCUGGAGUCUGCCGGUCGACUGUGCCCUUCUAACCACCAGAUCAAUGUGUGGCUGAUCAUCUGAUGGGGCAGUUGCAAUCACCAAGCAUCGUUCUCUUUCCUGUUCUGGGAUUCUGUUGUGGAGCUCUUUUCCCUAGCCACCACUGGUUAAUUUCUGAGGGACGGAACAAAAAUGCAGCAUGCCCUACCUGUGUAGUGCACGUUCAGUCCUUGACUCAUUUUUAUCAAAAUGAAGCUAUUUUAUUUAAGUGGAGGAUGAGAGGGAGACAGAGCUACGUUUUGGUGCAGAGGAAAAGGGAAUGCUGCAUCUUUUUCCUGACCUCCUGGGUUUCUGGCUUCUGUUUCCUUGCUCACUGAGGGUGUCUGCCUACCCACGCAGGCUGGAAAGUGCUGGCACACAUUGCCUUCUUUGCUCAUUGGGUCCAGCAAUGAAGAGAAGUGUCUGGGGGGAGGGGGGGUUCCCCUCCACAAUAUAGCAAGUUCUCAGGAAAAUCUUCCUCCCAAGCUCUUCCAGUCACCAAGUACUUACGUGGCUACUUUGCCCAAGGCACAAAAAUGCCAUGGUGGUAUUUAGUUAAAAGCCUACAGAACUGCUUGAUAACAGUUUUGAAUGUGAGACAUUUAUGUAAUUUAAAUGUAAGGUACAAGUUUGAAUUUCUGAGUUUCUUCUAUUAUAUUUUUAUUAAAAAUAAUUUUCAGAUUUAAUUGAAUUGGAAUAAAACAAUACUUCCCAUUAGAAUUAUAUAUCCUGAAAAAUUGUAUUUUUGUUAUAUAAACAACUUUUAAAGAAAAAUCAUUAUCCUUCCUCUACCUAAACAUGGGGAGUCUUAACAUAUGACAAAUAUUUAUAAUUUUUAAAUUAAUGGUACUUGCUGGAUCCACACUAACAUCUUUGCUAAUAUCUCAUUGUUUCUUCCAGUUUACUCUUACACUACAUCCUCAUUUUCUUUCUAGUCUUUUACCUAGAAUAUGCAACCUAAAAUAAAAAUGGUGGUAUCUCCA